GAGAUGCAUGAGGCUGCCCGGCAGUGGCGUUUGCUGAUGCCAGGUGCAUCGCACCAUCAGGGCAACCGUAACCUCAAGGCGUAUGCGGCUAGAUAUUCGGCGUCACAUGGUGGUGUGCCUUGCACCCAAGUCCAGGCAUACUGUUUGGCCCACAAAGGAAAGGCGACGUCCGAUGUCACCUUCAACCCGCAGGAUCCGCCCGAAGUGUACAGCAACACAAGCGUCCACAGCCGCCUCAGUGGGUACACCUCAAUGGCACAAGAAGUUCAUGGGCCGAAGUUUGAUGCGAUCAAUGAGCCCAUUGAUGGAGAAGUCGUCAUGAGGGCGGGAGGAGGCAAGAAGCAUGGACGGUACUGGUUUGGCGACAGCUUAGUCGACACGGCGACUACUCCCACUCUUUCACAGAUUCGAGCCAGGAGUACCAGCUCAAGCCCUGCCAUACGCCCACGGCCAGACACUACACAGACUCAGAUUGAGGCUGUCAAGGCCCAGAUGGAAGCAGCCUUCCAAGCACGGCAGGAGGCGGCAGAGGAGAGGUGGAGGGCCGGGCGGGACGACAUCCAGCAAAAAUUGGAUCAAGCUCUAACAUUUAUGCAAAGCCUGGGCUCGGCGAUGGGUGUUUCGCCUCCACAAUUCCCUCCGGCCCCACUUGUUCGUCGUGCAGAAACUCCUCCUACCAAUCAGUCGGCGGCAUCCAAUUAUGGGCUAGUGAAUCCUGACUUCUCGCCUCCGGUGCAGCAGACUCAGCAGCCUCAGCAGUUUGUGUGGCCACCGCCUCAAUGGGUGGCUUGGAUUUAGCAGCAGCAGCAGCCAGGUUGGUCGCAGACGCCUACAUGGCCGCCCCCGCCGAUGUGGCCGCAGCACCCGCCACCGCCGUCGGCCCCGUGAGUUAUGUUGUAUGGACUUGCUUUGUACCACUUUUAUGGAUUUGUUUGAACUUGAUUUGUAUGAACUUGUAUGAACUAGACCAGUACUUGUGGUUGUCGAUGAACGAAACAAGACUUUAUUUGUAUGUGUGUAUCAAAUGCCUGUGAUGCUUAUUCGGAUACAUGGAAUAAUCAUUAUGAUA